AUGGUUGAUGUUUUGGAAAAGGGGGUAAAACGAGGACUCCAGAGGGGAGUAAAACGAGGACUCCAGACGGGGAGUGUCUCGUCUGCCAACCAUAACCAAGUCCGCGUCGCCUCUCCUGCGCCUGAAACCCCGCGUCGUCUCGCCCUUGCGCUCGCGCCCUCGCCCGUCCACUCCCCACUAAAGGGGCGCAUCGCUAGCCGCCGCCAACACGAAGCGGCUAUUGCAGCUAUCAUUCAGGUGGAGGCCGAGGAGGAGGAGGAGGCAGAGAGAAGGGAGAGGAUGGAGAGGGAGUAG